AUGGCAGAGCUGACGGUGGAGGUUCGCGGCUACGACGGGGCUUUCUACAAGGGAUUUAUCAAAGAUGUCCAUGAAGACUCCCUCACAGUUGUUUUUGAAAAUAAUUGGCAACCAGAACGCCAGGUUCCGUUUAAUGAAGUUCGAUUACCACCACCACCUGAUAGAAAAAAAGAAAUUAGUGAAGGAGAAGAAGUAGAGGUAUAUUCGAGAGCAAAUGACCAAGAGCCAUGUGGAUGGUGGUUAGCUAAAGUUUGGAUGAUGAAAGGAGAGUUUUAUGUCAUUGGAUACGCUGCUUGUGAUGCCACUUACAAUGAAAUAGUCACAUUUGAACGACUUCGGCCUGUCAAUCAAAAUAAAACUGUCAAAAAAACCACCUUCUUUAAGUGCACAGUGGAUGUUCCUGAGGAUUUGAGAGAGGCAUGUGCGAAUGAAAAUGCCCAUAAAGAUUUUAAGAAAGCAGUAGGAGCGUGCAGAAUUUUCUACCAUCCUGAAACUACCCAGCUAACGAUACCUUCGGCCAGUGAAGCAAGUGUGACGAGAGUAACUACCUUAAGUGAUAUGCAUUUGCGAAGUAUUCGGAAGAAGUUAAUGCUUAUGUCCAGAAAUGAAGAGGCCACCAAACAUUUAGAAUGCACAAAACAACUUGCAGCAGCUUUUCAUGAAGAAUUUGUCGUGAGAGAAGAUUUAAUGGGCCUGGCAAUAGGAACCCAUGGUAGUAACAUACAGCAAGCUAGGAAGGUUCCUGGAGUAACUGCCAUUGAGUUAGAUGAAGAUACUGGAACGUUUAGGAUCUAUGGCGAGAGUGCUGAGGCUAUAAAAAAAAAAAAAAAAGCUAGGGGUUUCUUGGAAUUUGUGGAGGAUUUUAUUCAAGUUCCCAGGAAUCUUGUAGGAAAAGUUAUUGGAAAAAAUGGCAAAGUUAUUCAAGAAAUUAUGGAUAGAUCUGGUGUGGUUCGAGUAAGAAUUGAAGGAGACAAGGAAAAUAAACUACCUAGAGAAGAUGGAAUGGUUCCAUUUGUAUUUGUUGACGCUAAAGAAAGUAUUGAAAAUGUACAAGUUCUCCUAGAAUAUCACAUUGCUUACUUAAAGGAAGUGGAACAACUAAGAAUGGAACGCCUUCAGAUUGAUGAACAGCUGCGACAGAUUGGUUCUAGGUCUUAUAGUGGAAGAGGAAGAGGUCGUCGGGGCCCUAAUUACACCUCCGGUUAUGGUACAAAUUCUAAGCUGUCUAACCCCUCCGAAACAGAGUCUGAGCGUAAGGAUGAGCUGAGUGAUUGGUCAUUGGCAGGAGAAGAUGAUGGAGAGAGUCGCCAUCAGCGAGACAGCGGGAGACGCCCAGGAGGAAGAUGCAGAAGUGUUUCUGGGGGUCGAGGUCGUGGUGGACCACGUGGUAGCAAAUCCUCCAUCAGUUCUGUGUUCAAAGAUCCAGACAGCAAUCCAUACAGCUUACUUGACAAUACAGAAUGAGAUCAGACUGCAGACACUGACGCCAGCGAAUCUCAUCACAGUACUAACCGUCGUAGGUGGUCUCGUAGACGAAGGACUAAUGAAGAUGCUGUUCUGAUGGAUGGAAUGACUGAAUCUGAUACAGCCUCAAUUAAUGAGAAUGGACUAGUCACAGUUGCAGAUUAUAUUUCUAGAGCUGAGUCUCAGAGCAGACAAAGAAACCUCCCAAGGGAAACUUUGGCUAAAAACAAGAAAGAAAUGGCAAAAGAUGUGAUUGAAGAGCAUGGUCCUUCAGAAAAAGCAAUAAAUGGUCCAACCAGCGCUUCUGGCGAUGAAAUUCCUAAACUACCGCGUACUCCAGGAGAAGAAAAGACUAAGAACUUAAAAGAAGAAAGCACUCAAGAAGCAGCAGUCCUGAAUGGUGUUUCAUAACUGAAGGAAGUUCCUAGUUUACAGUUCUUUUGCAUUACACUUACAAUAGUGCUUGUACAAGCUUGCCAAAGAUAGAAUAUGGAUCGCCAGUCUUACAUCGCACUUUCAGUUCCUCCAUUUGGAAUUCAGAAAGGGGAGGGAUCCUGAAGAAAUCAUAUGUUAAACAUACUUUAACACCUACUGUGUUAAAAAUAUAUCAUCAGAUGUGCCUUGAGAAUAUAUAUGUAACAUUAAAAAAAAAAGUUGCUGGCUAUAGGAAAAGUUAUUUUGUUUUCAAAAUAUGGCAGAGAUGGGGGGAGGUGGGUGGGGUGGGGUCUCAAACGUAAUAUUCUUUAUGAAAGCAUUAGCUGCUUUUGUUACAUUUUUAAUAAUAUGCAACCACUUCUUCACCUGAGGAAAACUAGAAUGAAGCAGUUUAAAAAUAUUUUGCACUGAAUUGUAAUUUUCUUCAUUAGUUUAGUCUGGAAACUGAUCUGUUACGUGUUUUUUAAAUGCUGUUUGUAGAGGCAAGUCUGCAGACCACUGGAAUACAUAUGUUAACUCAUCUGCAGGGACACUGGGUGAUAUUGGCAGUGACUGUUCUACAUUGAGGCUUUGUUUGGUUUAUUUAUUAAAGUGUACAGUAUUUAAAGAAAUCAAACAUAGCUUUAGUUGAAACACUAAGCUGACUAGUCAUGUCCAUUCAGAC